AUGGCGGCGUCUCCAAAACUCACCCACGUCUUCACUCUCAACAUGACCGGUCCCGCUGGGUUUCCGCACAUUGAAACAAAAUACUCGGAUCUGUGUGUUGCUCACGUGACGGAAGGCACCCUCGAACUCCCCGACGGCCAGAAGAUCGCCAAGGUGGUCACAGCGUCGGACUGGAUGAGGAUCAAAGGGAACAUCGUGUCGAUCGACGCGCGGGCCAGUGCUCUCUCGGACGACGGCUCUCUGAACAUGGAGUUUGCCUACACCGGAAAGAUGCACGUGACGCCAGACGUCUUCAAGACGUUUUCGGGAGGAGAAAAGUGCGAAGUGGACUUUGGUCAGCUGUACUAUUACACUAUUCCGAGGAUCUUCUCCCGGAGUGAGGAAUAUGCCUGGACAAAUCGAGCCAUGCAGACCAACAAUCAGGAGGAGGAGAAGACGGAGGGCUUUCAACAUGCCUCCCACGUCGGACACUCUGAUAUGCAGAUCGAACACCUGGAUGCCGAUUCUGACACCGACUCCAUGGCAGAGGAAGCCAGAGGAGUCGAGGACUCGGCGGUCCUGGGACGCCACUACUUUCGCCAUUGGCGUUUGGUAGGGUCGAUGGCGGCUAUGGUUCUGAGCUACGCUGCCGGGUUUUGGGCAUAUGUGAUGCCAUCAUUCUCUCUGAGUGUCAUUCUAGCAGAUCUUGGCCCGAGUCCGAAUUCAAUCUGGAUCAUCCUGUCUUUGACAGUGUGCCAGACCGUCUCCUUCACCAUCGUCGGUCGUUUGUCGGACCUGUUUGGUCGUCGGUGGUACCAGAUCAUCUUCGGCACCAUCGCUUUCAUUGGGUACAUCGUCGCCAGUCGAGCAAAGACAGUCGACACGCUGAUUGGCGCCGGCGUCCUCAUGGGAUUCGGAUCAGCCACUCAAACCCAUUGUGCCGCCAUUGGGGCAGAGCUCUUGCCAAACAAGUAUCGCUAUCUGUACUUCGGCGCAGUCGCGUUUCUCUUUGGUCCUCUCUCAGCAAUUGCGCCUGGAAUUGCACUGACCUUGGCCACACACACUUCCCAAGGCUGGCGAUCAAUCUACUAUCUCCUGGCCGGCACAACCUUUGCCGCAGUCAUCUUGUUCGUCAUCUGCUACCAUCCUCCCAAGUUCGAUCAACUGCACACCCGACAUACCAAAUGGCAAUUCGUCAAGUCGCUUGACUACAUUGGCUUGAUCCUCUUUUGCGGUGGAGUGGUACCGUUCCUCUUCGGAAUUUCGUGGGGCGGCCAAAGAUAUCCUUGGGAUUCCUACAAGGUCAUCGUACCUAUCGUGGUCGGAGGGGUUGUCAUGAUCGUUUUCGUCCUAUGGGGUAAGAUUUGGACCCCGACAAUGACUGUCUUGGAAGGUAUUGACCAUUUGUCAGAAUACUUUGGAAAGCCUGCCUUGCCUCUGCUACCACUCCGCCUCUUCAGGAGCCGCAACUUUAACUGCCUGCUGGCGUGCUCUUGUUUUGGCUCCAUGGUCUUCUACGCCUUGUGCAUCCUCUACCCACAGCAGCUGGGGUACGUUUUCGGCAGGACACCAAGUCAGGCUGGGUGGUACAGCUGCACAAUCACGGCCGGCGUGCUAGCUGGACAGGGAUUGGCUGGAUUCACGGUGAAAUUGUUCAGAUACAUAAAGUGGCAGUUGCUCCUGUCCUGCGUUAUCUUCACUGCCUUUGUGGGUGCCAGCGCCGCGGCAAGCUUGACACUUGCCAUGGCCGCGGUUUUCAGCAUCCUUGUCGGCUUGGGCAUUGGAUACAUGGAGAUCAUCACGAUCAGUGGUGCACCUCUCAUGGUUGACACCAAAGACUUCGGCAUUGCCAUUGGUGCCCUAUUCAGCAUCCGGACAUGCUUCUCCACAAUAUCAGACGCGGUAUAUGUCACGAUUCUCAACACUCAAAUCACCAAAAACUUGCCCAAAUACGUCAUUCCCGCCGCCAUGAAGGCCGGCCUGACUCAAAACGCGGCCAUCGAGCUGGUCCAAGACAUUGCUGCUGGUGAUCAAGCGGGGCUCGCCACAAUCCCAGGCAUCACUCCUCAGGUCAUCCUGAGCGCCACCGAUGCUGCUCACACUGCUUUUUUCAAGUCGUUCCAAAUGGUGUACUACUCGUCGAUCGCUUUUUCGUUUUGUGCCGUGAUCGCAGCGCUGUUGGUGGAGGACAAGUUGCUCGAGGACGCCAUGACUGACAGAGUCGCUCGGAAGCUGCAAGGGAUCAAGACUGAGCAGCGCGAAAUCAAGGUCGUCGCAGCCUAA